CAGAGCGCGCACUUCAGAGGACGGGUCACAGAGAGCGGGGAUCUCAUUGGUCAGCGGGCGCAGUGACGCCAUUUCCCCAUCGAGGAGCAUUUGGCGCGAGUUGAUUGUUUUGAGAGGAAAGAGCAGAGAGGAGAGCGAGUGAGAGAAUUUUCAUAGAAACAGAGCAAUAGCGAGGCGGUUAUCAGAAAUGGCUCCUGUUUCCAACCCGGAUAAAGACAUUGACAAGCAAGACGACGAUGUUGGAGACUCAUGUGGCCUGGCAUCGACUCGCUCCAGACGAGAGAAGAGGGAGAAGACGGGGCGCAAGUCAGCCCUGGACCGUCUGAAGAAAGCCAAGGCUGGAGAAAAAGUGAAAUACGAGGUGGAGGAGAUCUCCAGUGUGUAUGAGGAGGUGGAUGAGGAGCAGUACUCGCGGAUGGUGCGUGACCGGCAGGAUGAUGACUGGAUCAUUGACGAUGAUGGAACUGGCUAUGUGGAAGAUGGCAGGGAGAUCUUUGAUGACGAUCUCGCUGAGGAUGCCCUGGACAGAGGACCUAAAGGGAAACGGGGUGACAAAGGUGCGGGCAGCAAGGACAAGAAGAAUGUGAAGAAGGUGGUGGUGUCCAAACCCAACAGCAUCAAGUCCAUGUUCAUGGCCAGCUCGGUGAAGAAGAGCUCGGAGAAAGACAUUGACUUGUCUAAGGAUGACUUACUGGGGGACCUCCUGCAAGAUCUCCAUUCUGAGAAGCCCCAGCUGCUGACGCCCCCGCCUGUCAUAUCUCUGAAGAAGAAGAAGCCAGUGGGAGUGCCCCAGAAUCCGUUCUCUGUGAAACUGCAGGCCCCCAAGGCUUCUCCAUCUCCAACCUCGGUGAAAGCGGCCUCUGUUCCUGCCCGCCUGGCUGGCUCUUCUCUCCGGCCGGCUCACCCUGUGAAGAGCACUGGAGCUCCCGGGACGAAGAGAGUAAAGCUGGAGGAAGAGCCUCAGGUAGAGGAGGCUGUAGGAGACAUGCAGUUUGACGAGGGAGACUUUGAUGAGCCAAUGGAAGUGGAGAAUGCAGAGGAGCCUGCCACCACUGUCAGUGCUGCUGUUCAGCCAGUGAAGGAAGAGCCACAGCCUGAGCCCAUCGUCAAAGUGGAGCCCAAAACUGAGCCAACCGACAAGCACAGCGCUUUGAAGAGCUCCUCGAUCCCUGAGUCCUCGUGCUGGGAGCUCAUGGACCCGGAGGACAGCAGUGUGAGUGCCUUGGAGGUGCAGGUGGACUCCAGCCGCCUGCCUCUCGUCAUGGGAGCCGAGGGGGAGCAGGUCUUCAGAUUCUAUUGGCUGGAUGCUUUUGAGGACCCCUACAAUCGGCCAGGCAUUGUGUAUCUGUUUGGUAAAGUUUGGAUCGAGUCUGCAAAGGCGCACGUCAGCUGCUGUGUGGUAGUGAAGAAUAUCGAGAGGACGAUGUAUCUGUUGCCACGGGAGACUAGAGUAAAUCUUAAAACCAGGGCAGAGACAGACACCCCAGUGACCAUGAUGGAUGUGUACCAGGAAUUCAACGAGAUCGCCGACAGAUACAAGAUCAUGAAGUUCAAGUCGAAGAAAGCGGUGAAGAACUAUGCUUUUGAGAUCCCGGAUGUCCCCGCGCAGUCUGAGUAUUUGGAAGUGAGAUACUCUGCUGACCUGCCUCCGCUGCCCCAGGACUUGAAGGGGGCGACCUUCUCCCAGGUGUUCGGGACCAACACCACCAGCCUAGAGCACUUCCUGUUGGGCAGGAAGAUCAAGGGGCCGUGCUGGCUGGAUGUGAAAACUCCCCAGCUGGCCAGCCAGCCGGUGAGCUGGUGCAAAGUGGAGGCGGUGGCGUUGAAGAGUGAUCUGGUGAGCGUUGUGAAGGACAUCGCGGCCCCGCCCCUCGUGGUCCUGAGCAUCAGCAUGAAGACCGUGCAGAAUCCGAAAACGCAUCAGAACGAGAUCGUGUCCCUGGCAGCCUUGCUGCAUAACCAGUUUCCUCUGGACAGAGCUCCCCCGCAGCCUCCCUUCGAGACACACUUCUGUGUGAUCAGCAAGCCAAACGACUGCAUCUAUCCGUUCGAUUUCAACGAAGCUGUGAAAAGAAAGAACACCAAGGUGGAGAUUGCUUCAACAGAGAGAACGUUACUGGGGUUUUUCCUGGCAAAACUUUACAAGAUCGACCCUGAUGUUAUUGUGGGCCAUGACAUCUACAGCUUUGACCUGGAGGUUCUGCUGCAAAGAAUCAACGCCUGCAAGGUGCCUAACUGGUCCAAGAUCGGGCGCUUGAGAAGAUCCGUCAUGCCCAAACUUGGGGGCCGCAGUGGCUUUGCAGAGAAGAACGCUACGUGUGGGAGAAUGAUCUGCGACGUGCAGAUCUCAGCCAAGGAGCUGAUCCGCUGCAAGAGCUACCACCUGUCUGAGCUUGUGCUGCACAUUCUCAAGAGCGAGAGGCCUGUGAUCCCCCAAGAAGACAUUAAGAAUCUCUAUAGCGAUUCCCAUCGCCUGCUGUACCUCUUGGAGAGCACCUGGAUGGAUGCCAAGUUCAUCCUGCAAAUCAUGUGUGAGCUGAACGUUCUCCCGCUAGCCUUGCAGAUCACCAACAUCGCCGGGAACGUCAUGUCCAGGACCCUGAUGGGUGGGCGUGCUGAAAGAAACGAGUAUCUCUUGCUGCAUGCGUUCCACGAGAGGGAUUACAUCGUACCGGACAAGCAGGUCUUCAAGAAAGUGCAGCAGGAUCACGUUGAUGAUGAUGACGAGGGGGAUGCAGGCCAGGGCAAGUCCAGGAAGGUCAAGAAGAAGGCAGCCUACGCUGGAGGUCUCGUCCUGGAACCCAAAGUUGGUUUCUAUGACAAGUUCAUCCUGCUGCUGGAUUUCAACAGCUUGUACCCCUCCAUCAUCCAGGAGUUCAACAUCUGCUUCACCACAGUGCAGCGGCUUGCCCCGGGCUCCCAGAAAACAGCUGAGGGGGAGGAGCAGGAUGAGAUCCCGCAGAUUCCCGAUCCAGACCAGGACAUGGGAAUCCUGCCCAAGGAGAUCCGGAAGCUGGUGGAGAGGAGGAAGCAGGUCAAGCAGCUGAUGAAGCAGCCCGACCUCAACCCCGAUCUCCACAUGCAGUAUGACAUCAGGCAGAAGGCUCUGAAGCUCACUGCUAACAGCAUGUACGGCUGCCUGGGGUUUGCCUUCAGCAGAUUCUAUGCUAAACCGCUGGCUGCCCUGGUCACACAUACAGGACGAGAGAUCCUGAUGCACACCAAAGAGCUGGUCCAGAAGAUGAACCUGGAAGUCAUAUACGGAGACACCGAUUCCAUCAUGAUCAAUACUAACUGUGCUAAUCUGGAGGAGGUUUUUAAACUGGGGAACAAGGUUAAGAGUGAGGUGAAUAAGCUGUACAAGCUCUUGGAGAUCGACGUUGAUGGGGUCUUCAAGUCUCUGUUGCUGCUCAAGAAAAAGAAGUACGCAGCCCUGACAGUAGAGCCCACGGGGGAUGGCAGGUACACCACCAAGCAGGAGCUGAAGGGGCUUGAUAUCGUCAGGAGAGAUUGGUGCGACCUCGCCAAGGAGGGUGGAAACUAUGUCAUUGCUCAGAUCCUUUCGGAUCAGCCCCGAGACACGAUCGUGGAGAACAUCCAGAAGAGGCUGAUGGAGAUCGGAGAGAGCGUUGUGAACGGCAGCACUCCCCUCAACAUGUUUGAAAUCAACAAGGCCUUGACGAAGGACCCUCAGGAUUACCCUGAUAAGAAGAGCCUGCCCCACGUGCACGUGGCCCUGUGGAUAAACUCACAGGGGGGUCACAAGGUGAAAGCCGGGGAUACCAUUUCAUAUGUCAUCUGUCAGGACGGCUCCAAUCUGAGUGCGAGUCAGAGAGCCUACGCCGUGGAGCAGCUCCAGAAGCAGGAGGGCCUGAGCAUCGACACGCACUACUACCUGUCCCAGCAGGUCCACCCUGUGGUGUCCCGAAUCUGUGAGCCCAUCGAGGGCAUCGACGCCAUCCUCAUCGCUACGUGGCUGGGUCUGGACCCGUCUCAGUUCCGCUCUCAGCAGCAGUAUCAUCGGGACGAGGAGAGCGAGGCCCUGCUGGGGGCGCCGGCGCAGCUGACUGACGAGGAAAAGUACCGCGACUGCGAGAGGUUCAAGUUCCCCUGCCCGCAGUGCGCCACAGAGAAUAUCUACGACAGCGUCUUCGACGGCUCGAGAAAAGUGAUUGAACCCAGGGUGAUGCGCUGCAGUAAUACAAACUGCGAAGCUGCACAGAUAAAUUAUGGAGUUCAGAUGAGCAACAAACUAAUUCUGGACAUCAGACGUCACAUAAAAAAGUAUUACAGUGGCUGGUUGAUGUGUGAGGAGCAGACCUGUCGGAACCGGACCCGGCGCCUUCCUCUUGGCCUGUAUCGGAGAGGGCCCGUGUGCCAGGCCUGCAUGAAGGCCUCCCUCCGGCCCGAGUACCCUGAAAAAGCUCUCUACACCCAGCUCUGCUAUUACCGGUAUAUUUUUGACUGGGAUUAUGCUGUGGGUAAACAAGAGAAAGAAUGCCAGUCGCGACUGAACUCGUUAGAGGAAAAGGUGUGGUACAAGAAGCUGAAGGAAGUCGCUGACAAAGCUCUGUCGGUGAGCGGCUACUCCGAGGUCAAUCUCAGCAAGCUCUUCCAGUCCCUUGCCUCUCUCAAGUAGCCUUUCAGCUGCCCUGGCAGUGCAAUUUAAACUCUGACCGUGCGAACAACACCUCUGGCUCUCUGGUUUUAGACAUUUCAGUGUUUAGACUGUGUACUAAUGCAGUCAGCCUUUUUCUAAUGUCCCGGUACCUGCCUACUUAUAAUAAUCCAUUUUUGGACUAGCAGUAAAUUGUCUGACUGGUGCUUCUGUAAAGCAGAGGAUGUCCUGUUAUGCACAUGACAUCAGUAAUAUGUUGCAGAUUUGGGGUAAAAAAAAUUUCACCAGGUAUUCUUUCAGGACUUUUAACCCCAAAACUUGGAUGCUAAAAGUUCCUUGGAAUUUUAAGCUUGAAAAAGGAAUUGGUAUGUUAGACUAGAUAUAAAACUCCUCUGUCAUUGAAGUUUUGCAUCUGUCCAGCAAGAGAAAAUUAGAUUUAACUUUUGACAUUCACUAUUUGGUUUUAUAGAUUUUUGAAACAUUGAUCUUCAGUGGCACAUCUCAAUAAAAAUAAAUAAUGAAUAGGCAUGCUUGUCAUGCAGAAUUUUAGACAGCUCUUUAGUCCAGAGGCACUUAAGUUGCCCCCGAGUUUAAAGGUGUGUAGAAAAGACUUUACCACUGUAUCAUUGGCCACGUGUUCACCAUCUCUGGAGAUCAAGUUCAUUGUCAAAAUCCAACUAUGCAUGUUGGCAUGGAUACAAAGUUCAGAGCAUUUGAAGAAAUAAUAAGUUCUGUUUUUUACAGUUGACCUGAAAGUUGUUUUGUUUUUUUUAAAUAUUAAGACACAAAACUAGUUUUGUUGAUUGCUUAGUUUACCAGUUCUAGUUUUUUCUUUUUUCUUAUUUUUGGGGGGUGGGGGGGGGGGCUGAGGGGUUAAGUGUUUUAAGACUCAAUGUUUUCUUAUCAUAUACACUUCCAUAUGAUAUUUAAUACUUGCUUUGGUUUUUGGUUACACAUGUUUCUAUUUUGUAUGUAAAAAAUCAUUUUUUAAACGUUUUGAGGUUCAGUAUGUAAUAUUCUCCUUUAUAUAAUGUUAAAAAAUAUAUUAAUGUAUUUGCAUUUAUUAUACAGAAUGUUGAUGCAAAUAAACUUAAAUAAAGCUUUCAAAUUAA